AUGCAAGACCAAAGGGAUAACCCUAAAGACCUAUCCGAAUUAGAUUUGUUGAAAAAACGCAUCGCUGAACUUGAGGCCGAGAAUGCGAAGCUGAAGCAGAUUAUUAUUAUUGAGGAGAAUACAAAGCGCGAUGUUAGAGUUGAGGAACUAGAGCGAAAAAAUACAGAGUUUGAGGCCAGACUCGCGAUAUUGGAGCAGGGUGUUACCGAGAGAAAUCGGGAAAAGAAACUUCAAGCUCAAGAGUCUUUUCCAACACCUCAAGAUCUCAACUCAGUUACUCAACCAUGCAAUAGCACAACAUCCGAAGCAUCAGCUACCAAUAUUAUGGAAUCCUCUUAUUAUUAUUCAGACAGUGAUAAAAUUGUUUCUCAAAACAAAAUGGGAAUAGAGCAUAAGAAAGGUAAAGGAUUAGACAAGCUUAAACAUGAAUUGUUCGCCCCAGAAACAUCACAAGAGCCAUCAAUAAAACAAGACAAUGUGACCGAAAUUUCAGAGACAUUAUGUCCGGAAAACAUUGAUGAGGCCUCACAACAUUUAGCUCAAUUAUGCGAUGAAGCUUUCAGUGCUGAAGAUAGAGCAAAUCGAGCUAAUCAAGAAGAAAUUUUAUGUUGGUCUCUAUAUGCAAAGGAUUUUAGAGUUCAAUAUAAUGAGAUUAUAGAUAGUAGCAGAGGUAAAAUUGGUGAAAGAAGUGCAACUUCUAUUUCGGAGCUUACUAAUGAGCAAAUCCAAGAGGUUAUAGAUUAUGGAAUAUCUUUGGAAAAGUUACCUCAUAUGACUGAAAUUUCCAAGACAUUAUGUCCCGGAAAAGGUGUGACAAAGAAUACUCCACCAAAAGCUGAAGUAAGUAUAUCUAAUGAAUCGAUUUCUUUAGAUUCAUCCCAGGAAAAUAAUCAAGAUAAGUCAAAGACUCAAAAUUCUGUUUCCUCGAAAUUACCAGAUGCUGAAGAAGAACUUGGUAUCGUUGGUUAUACUAAUCAAGAAAUGGCGGAAGAAGCUGAUGAAAACGCAAGAGCGUAUCUCCGAAAGUUUGAGAAAUUUCACCGUCCAUUAGAAGAUGUUCCAAGUGUAUUAAUACAGAAAUUCAUUGACAAGGGGGCUCGAAGAGCCAUUGCUCCGCAAUGA